AUGGUCUGUGAUGCAUUUGAUAGAUCGGACGGGUAAUAUUUUAAAAUUCGAAGAUUUUUAUUCCAAAUUUAAUAUAAAUGAUAAAAAGCAAUAUAAAAAAGUGGUUAAUGCAAUACCUCAAGCUAUUAUAACAAUAGCCUCUAACUUAGAUACAAAUAUUGCAGAUCUAAAACUUCCAUCACUUCUGAUAGAUAACAAAAAUCUAUUAGAUUCUAAAAUAAACAACAUAACUAUUCGACUUAUUUUCAAUGAGAAACUCCACCCCCUCUCUUUUUGUCGAAAUUCAAUUUUAAAUUCAUUUUCUAAAGAAAAUGCUGCUCAAUUGAGGGGAAAUUUUUACAAAUUCCCUAUUCCCCCAAAAGUAAAAGAGAUUCACUUCAAAAUUGUUAAUGGAAUAUACCCGUCUGCUGAUUUUCUUUUUAAACGGUUUGGGUUUGAAAGUACAAAUUGUUCAUUUUGUAAGGAACAUAUUGAAACUACUAACCACAUUUUUUAUGAAUGUAUAUAUACUUGUGCUUUUUGGGAAGAUUUACAUCACUGGUUAUCUAAACAUAUGCAAAUUCCAGACUUGAGAAUAGAAAAUAUCAUAUUUGGCUUUAUCAUUGAUAAUUCUGUGAAUAAUCUAACAAUC